CUCACAUGCACACUCCUCAGAGGCAGGAAAUGCUUCCCAGGCAAUCUGGGCCUGGUGGUGGAGGCCCCUUUCGCAAAACAUCAGUCUGAACUGAGUAGACAGAAGUCACUAGGAACGCCUUGACAGGCUCCUGCUUUAGCUAAGGCUCCCUCCAGCUGCGGAGGGUGUUUUUGUUAGAAUCACUCACUGCGUAAAACUGCUUAGAAUAGAGCCAUGAUCUCAACCACGAAAUGUGAACUCAUAUUUUGGAGAAACUAACGGGGACGACUUCUCUCUAACCUGAGAGUUGAACAAUGUCAUGCCUUGGCGUUUCAGCUCCUCCUUAUCUAGGUGGUGAAAUGGUAAAACUCACUCUCUUCAGUCAGUGAAUCUGAAGUAAUCUUUCAUCAAGUUCCACCUCCUUUUGUCUCAUAUGGAACAUCUCUCUCUACCUGUUGUUGAACUACAAUGACAUGUCUGCAGCUAUCAGAAAGAGGAGCUGGGAAGAACAUGUGACCCAAUGGCUGGGACAGCCUUUUAGUUCUGAUGAUCAUAACACAGCAUGUCAUCAUGGACUAGUAGCUGAGAGCUUGCAGGCAAGUAUGGAAAAAGAUGCAACUCUAAAUGCGGACCGCAAAGAGAAGUGUGUUUCACUACCAGAUUGCUGUCAUGGAUCAGAGCUGAGAGAUUUUCCUGGGAGGCCAAUGGGUCACAUUUCAAAGGAGGCGGAUGAAAAUGACAGCCAGGAAGGGGAAGACCCGUUUCUUUCCUUGGAAGCCAGCACAGAAACACUGGUGCACGUUUCUGAUGAGGAUACCGACUCUGAUCUGUAUCUCACAGAUGAUAAACACAGUUUAACUUCCCAAGUGCACGAAACAUCAGACCACCAUAGCGUCAAAGGAGCAGGCUCCUUAGUAAAGAUGCUGCCUAUCACGGAAAGAAACCAAGAUUCUUAUAACUCCUGGGGAAUGGCUAGCGGAGCUGAUGUGGCGCUAGUAGGAGAAAGAGAGGAGAGGAAAGUUAUUGACAUUAUCAGUAAAAGCCUGGAGCUUUGUAAUGAUAUAAGCUUAAGUGAAAUAAAGGAUGCCUCCCAAAUACACGUAUGCGAUUCUUUGAAUGUGAAAGAUAUUGUGCCUGAGAAGCAAUUGCUUAAUUCUGCUGUGAUUGCUCAGCAACGAAGAAAACCCGACUUCCCAAAAGAGGAACAUGAAAGCAACACCUGCUGUGUAGUACAAGAUGAGUUUUUCACUUUUCCUUGUACAGACAGAGGACUGCCAUUAUUAAAAGCAGAUACCAGAAGCUGCCUUCUGCAGCCUCCUUCCUGCCCCGGGGGAAUGUCAGCUGAAAGGGGCCUGCAGAAGAGCGGUUUCUCAGAACAUCAAAACAAAAGUCUUCCAAAGGUCAACUCAGGAGAUGGCAUGCCGUGUUUACACUUAGAGGAACCUCUGGCCACCCAGGAGCCCACAGAUAAUCAAGUCAGGCUUCGCAAAAGAAAGGAAAUAAAAGAAGAUCGAGAUAGGGCGCGGCUGGACUCAAUGGUGCUGCUAAUUAUGAAGCUGGACCAACUUGAUCAGGACAUUGAGAAUGCUCUCAGCGCCAGCUCCUCUCCAUCCAGCACACCAACCAACCUGCGACGGCACGUUCCUGAUCUGGAAUCGGGAUCCGAGAGUGGAACAGAGACCAUUUCAGUAAAUCAGACAUCAACACAUUUGUCUUCUAACACCGAGUCCACUGACCUACCGUCUUCCACCCCAGUGGCCAAUUCUGGAACCAAACCCAAGUCUACGGUAAGUCAUAAGUGAUAGCAGUCAGUUUCAACAUCAAGUGUUGAUGAUC